AUGGCGCUGGACAGUCUCAAUCUUGGCAACAACAGCAGGUCCUCCUUGUUCUUGCCCAGCCUCCAUGAGACUAUCACCGACCUUGAUGGAUUUGGCUGUGACUGGGGAAUCCUUGCCCUGCAGAUAGACCAAGUGCUGGCCAGUGACUUCCAAUGGUUUCUUGCCACUUGUGGUGUGGAUCUGGAGGAAUUCCGUUUCAGUGGUGGCAUCGUUGUGGGCAAAGGCAUAGAUUGGUUGGAAUCGGUUCUUGGCUGUCAAGAUCAUGUCUCCGAUCUUGAGGUCUGUCAUCUUGGCGGAUAG